UUCGAGUGUGUUCCUGAGCACCUGCAGCUGCUGGCAGCUGUGUACACUGAAUUCUAAUGGACUUCUAAGUGUAUCUAAUUAAGGAGGCUGGUUUUGUGUGGUGAAUUUUGUUUGGACUUGAACAUGCGAUUGGCUCUAUUUGUCAUUUUUAUCUCGUGCUAGUAAAACAUGCAGCUGUUCUAUCGUAGCCCUGAAAUGGAUCUAUAUGUCAGUCCCCACCUAUUUGAAGGUGCAGGUAGUCCGUUUGUUCUCUGGGGUAGCGCAGAGCAGCAGCUAUUCUGAAGGAGACACUUUAGGUAUGUAUUUUUAUGUGCAGAAAAAGGUAAUUUUAUUUUUUGAAUUUUACAACAGAUAAAAAUUCAGAGGAGAGAUGCGGGGUGGGUGGGAGAAGGAGAGAAGAAGCAGCACUGCCCACUUGUAGGAAGGGAAGGAAUCCCCUCCAGCUGACAGUUCUUUUGGGAAGAGUUUGCUGGAGGAGGAGAAGAGAUGGGAGACAAAAAAUUAGCAGGAAGAAGCUGGAGGGAAAUGGUUUGUUUUCUUUCAGUAACCCCUAACAGAGCCAUCUCAAAGGUUGUGUGGACAGAACUGUAGAAGACACUGAUACAGACAUUUAUUUUCCUUUUGUGUCAUCUUGUAGUUUAAAUGCAUGUUUUUCUUGGUUCCUUGCUUUAUCAGACUUCUCUCUGUGAUUUAUAAACCAAGUCCUUUAGGAAGACAGGAUCACUGCCUUGAGCAGCUGGAGUCCAAAAACAGCAGUAUGUAAUUCAACAGCCCAUGAUAUCACAGGGGCUUCAGAGGAUAAAACAUUGGGAAGACGACAACGUGAGGAACAUGGCCAUAGAUUCCCAAAGCUGAGGGUGGGAGGAAGAACUCCAUUUGCUGGAGUGGAUAUUUAGAUAUUGAGCAAAUGGGAAGAGCGGUGACUAAAGAAGAGAUUUGCAUAUGUAGAAAGUAAUGAAGUUGACUCUUUGCCCACAGAGGGAGAGGACAGUGUAAGAAACACUUUAUUAUACAAGAAUUAGGACACAAGAGAGAUGUCCUUGGAGCAUCUCUGAGUAGGUGUCUAAACCCAGCCUAGGUAGUCCCCAGGAGGAUGUUAACCUGUGCUCAGACUGGAUUUUCUCCUGUAUUCUGUGGUAGAAAUGGAUUUUCAGUUACUUAUCUGAUAACUUGUGAGAGAAUAGUUAUAUUAGACUGUUGUGUUGUCACUUUUGGUGCCUGGGCAAUGUCCCUUUAGGAAAAGGACUGUAACGUGAUAGGCACAGCAGCAGAGGACUGGCCUUUGUCUAAGAGAUCUCUUCCAGUUCACUGUUGCUUUAAUGAUGGAUGUCCCAUGAGGAUGUGGAUAUAGAUUCAUUAUGCACAAUGGCAGUAAAGAGUGAGUUGGUGUUUGGCUGAGAUCUUCUAUUUAUACUAGGACAAAAUAAAUUGAAGCCAUUUUUCCCUUUGUGGAAAUAAUUCUUGCUGUCCCAGCCCUAUUAUGAUUUCCAUUUUUAACUCGCCAGUAAAACAUAAAUUAUUGUGGUUGUGCAUGACCUGAUUGAUAACAUUCAUGCAAAAUGCACCAGGGCCAGAGUUCCUUGAAACAGUAUGUGCCUGUGAUGGAUGGAAAUGCAGAGAAGAUUGACCGGUCCUCAAUGAGGUUAGAAACCUUUUUGCUGUAAUGAAAGCAUGUUCCUGCUAAAGGAUCUCAGGAAAUGCACUGGCUCUGCCUUCUAGGCAAACUGGAAUAAUUAAGUGUGAGAGAAAGUUUUUUGCAGGCACAUGUGAUGUUCCUUUUGAGCAUAAUAAAUAAUUUUCAUAUUAAGAACUGGAGGAAGACUCAGAGUUGUAAAACCCCUUUUGUACCAAUCUUGCUGCCCUUGCACAUGGCUGGGGUGACACACAGUUGUCAGUGAGCUCAGCCGUGGGAGGAUUAAGCCAAUAGUCCCUGCUGUUAUUGCUGCAGAGAGCCUCAGACUAUGGCAAGGCUCUUUUACACUGGGGAUUAAAUCACAUUAGCCAGUUUAUGCACUAUUAUUGUGAAGUGGGGGUUCUCAUUUGAGAUACUGAGUGGCUUUAUUGUUCCCUGAGCAGGGAGGUGGUCUUUUCACCUUUGCUCAGCUUAAAUAUUCCUCCUUUCUCAUCCCAGAGAAGAGACAAAAAUGAUAGUUUGGCAGCCACUGGCUUGGAUUUUUUAGCAGAAUGCCCUUAGUGAGGCUCACAGAGGUUGCUGCAGAUGAAGUCCCCAGAGAUUCUGUCUCUGUAUCUUCUUGUAUAGCAGCAUUGAAAGAAAUUGUCAUUCUUUAAUAGCAGGUUUGCCAAGAAAAUACGGUUAUUGUUGAUUACAAUUUUUUUGUGGUGCUUUUUUCUGACUUUCAGAGCCUACCUUUGAACCCUAGAAGAGUUCACUGGGUUUAACUUGUGUUUAGAACACUUAGACAUCAAACACAAACCAACAGUGACUUUGCUGUUUGUGGUUUUCUCUUACAGCACCAUUCACUCCUGAGUGUUUGUGGGGGGAUCAUGGACGAACCUGUGAGGGGCCACAUGUGGAGUUGUGCUGGCUCAGGGUGUCUAAUGCUGAGGCAGCAAAGCUAACAAGGAUAUUGCUGUUGGAUAGGCAAUGAGGUGCUUUGCCCCUCUGAGUAGUGCUUUCUCAUACUCUGGAGCUGAAUGCAGUGCACAGGGAAGCUGCUGGUUUAAUAACACAGCUCCAGAGAAAACGCCAUCCCGCAGGAAGAGCAGGAAGGACUUGGAGAAUGUUGCAGAGGUCAAAAGGAGGUUUUAACCGAGAUUUCCAAAGUAAAUGAAGAACUGUCAGACAAUGACACCGAGGUGCUUUCCAGGCAUCAGGAGCAGCAGAGAAGUUUUGUCAUCAAUGGUAUUUUCUGCAUUGGAUGUCAAAUGUGAAAAUGAAAGAGAGAUGGCUGUAGGCCUAUGACAGCAGCAGGUCCCAGGUGGUGUUGAGAAAAGGAAGGUAAAUGUGAUAGUUGUCCUGAAGGCAUGGUUAAUUUACUUGGGCAGCUCAGAAUGAGCUAACGUUCCACUAGAGAAGAUAUUCCAAAGUCACAGGUGCUGUGCUUGUUCUUGUAUCGCGUUGUGUCGUGAUUCGUGCAAUAUAUAGCAACACACAGGUCUGUCACUGCCUCACCACUGUCAUGCUGGAGUGGUAAUGGAUUAUAUUCGUACUCUUUAGUUAUGCCUGUUACUGUUUCAGCUUGUGUCAUCACUCAGCAUGGACAGGGUGAGGCAUGCCUGUUGUUUGGAGAGGAAAAUACUGUGUCUGCAGUUACUGUAAAUGCCUUAACACUGGCAUUGCUUCUUGCUCAUGUUUGUGAUGCUCACUGGGUUGUAUGAAAGCAUUGGGCUGCUGGCAGAAUUUUGGGUGACUAUUGGGCGAUGUAUCAUAAUUGACUAAUCUUUCAAUUUACAGAAAAGUAAAAUCUCAUCAUCUUCAAGUUACUGAAGUAUUUGCUGUGAGCAUACAAAGAAACCAACAAAAAACAACAACAAAAAAAACCCAAAAAGAAACCCAAAAAAGAUGGUAUAUUGAAUAAUAUUUGAGCCAGGCCUCUUAUAUUUUAUAAUGGACAGAAUAUAAUAGAGACAUAUCUAACAUGUACAUUAGCAUGAGUUUAAGCAAGCUGUUUGGAUUUCUGUUUUACUAAACUUUUACAUGGAUUUUUAUUACAGAAUGUAGCUUACUUCAUACCGAGAAAAAGCUGUUUAUCCUAUCACAAUGCCUUUUAUCUUUAAUUAUCAUUUUUUCUUUUAGAAUUUCUGCAAUUGAGUUUCAAUUUCUGUUACACAGUUUUAUGGUAAUUCCUUGGAUAUAGAAGAGCUUCCUGUUGAGGUGCAUGUCUUGGUGUUUGUUUAGCUUGUCUGAAAAUGUCUGAUGUGUUCAAUACGGUGAGAAAAAUCAACAGUUGCAAAGGAUAAUCCAUGGGCAAACAGUGUAGAGAGCAAGCAGGGAGCGCUCCCUGCAUGCCAGUGAUAUGUCAAUGCUUACGUCCAAAGUUUCACAUUUAUUUCUGCUAAAAAACUACCAGAGCUAAGAGAAGACCACAGGGAAACAGUUAAAAUUUUGAGACAUUGUGGCAGUCAGUCUCAGGGCUGUAAUGGGUAUUGAGAGCAGGAUUAAUGAGGAGGAGCAUCCUAUGGAGGACCAGUGAGCAAAGUCGGUUUGCUCUUCUCGUCAUCAGUGUCAGAAAACUUCCUCAGGUGUUGGUGUUUUGUGGUAGUUCUAUUGUCAGUGACUUUGGAUAAGAUUUUUCCAGCUCCUGGCCUUGACUGCAGGGCUUGUUUCACAGCUGAAUUUCAACACCUGCUCCUGUCUCCCGCCCUCUUUAUUGCCUGUCCCUGGGACCUCUCUGGGACACAGCCUGUCUGCUUCUGCAUUGUCUUUGCUCUCAGCACAUCCAUGUUUCCAGGGAAAUGUGCUUUUUAGUGUGUUUUCAUGAUUACAGAUGAACUGAGGGAAUGCAUGCCAGAGGCAGAUCCUAGGAUGAAUUUGGAAGUACAGAAGUUGAAAGCAUCAGCAAAUCCUGCAGUUUCUACUAUUGUUCCUUGCUACUGCACAAUUGGCUGGGCUGAGCUGUUUGUUAUUUUCAUUUCUGUUAAGAGCAGCAAUAACUGGACUGGUUAUAGAAUCUGCAGCAGUGGGCCACUGAAUCUGGCUCAGCCUUGCUUUUUUUUUCCCCCAAGAUUUUAAGUUAGUGCUAACUUUCAGAGCCAUAAAAUGACUGUCAUCUGCUUUUCUUUCCAACUUCUUGGUACUUCAUUUUUCAGAGAUGAAUCUUAAUACCCAGUUUUGUCUUUUAAAGACCCUGCCUGAACCCUUCGGUCUCCUUUGUACUCAAGUUGUAAGUUAUCUGUGCCAAAAUGACUCUGCAGGAGUGCGUCAGCAUCUUCCUUCAGACCUCCAGUGUCUGCUGGUGGGGAAGAGCCAUGUUGCUGAAGAUCACCUUGUCUUCUGGAAGCAGAAACACAUUGAACAGAUGAAUCCCUUCAGCCAGACAUUCCUCCAGUAGAUCUCUUUCUCCUCAUGGAGCACUCAGGCAGGGAGGAGAUGGACUUGAAAGAGGAAAGUCCUCAGGUGUGGACUGAGUCUGCAGCACAGGAACAGAACAGUGCUCAGGUGCACUUUGUCCCCGAGGGUGGGGCAGUGGCCCAGAUCAUGUACAGUGACGAACAGGAGCGCGGCCCCGCACAGCAGGUGGUUUACACAGCUGACGGCACCUCCUACACCUCUGUGGACACCUCGGAGCACACCCUCGUUUACAUCCACCCCAUGGAAGCUACACAGACUCUGUUUACAGAUCCGUCCCAAGUGGCUUAUGUCCAACAAGAUGCUACCACCCAGCAGGUAACGGUGCUCUUGCCUGCUGCUGCUCAGAGCAUGAAUCCCACCAACCUGUCUGUGCUCGGCAGUGUUGCUGACCCCCCCCAGCCAGUGACUCUGGAGCAGGGGCCACAAACAGAUAGAGCAUCAUUACCGGUGCAUAACCAGGUGUUACCUCCUAUGGAGGCUGUGGAGGGUUCUGAUCCUUUAGCACCUUUGCAGAAUCAAAUGGAAAGGAUAGAAACAAAAGAGGAAGAUGAUGAGGAUGAAGAUGAGGAUGAAGAUGGGGAAGACACUGACAUGGAUGAAUGGGAUCCAGAUCCACCUCGACCCUUUGAUCCAAAUGAUUUGUGGUGUGAAGAGUGUAAUAACGCACAUCCCUCAGUGUGUCCAAAACAUGGACCGUUGCAUCCCAUCCCAAAUCGGCCUGUGCUGACCAGGGCAAGGGCCAGCCUUCCCCUGGUGCUCUAUAUAGACAGGUUUUUGGGAGGUGUGUUUUCCAAAAGGCGUAUACCGAAGCGUACACAGUUUGGGCCUGUGGAAGGACCCCUGGUCAGACAGACUGAGCUCAAAGACUGCUAUAUCCAUUUGAAGGUUUCUCUUGAUAAGGGUGACAGAAAAGACAGAGACUUGCAAGAAGACCUGUGGUUUGAACUUUCCAGUGAGGCUCUGUGUAACUGGAUGAUGUUUGUGCGUCCAGCUCAAAACCACCUGGAGCAGAACCUGGUGGCCUAUCAGUACGGCCACCACAUUUAUUACACCACCAUUAAAAAUGUGGAGCCCAAGCAGGAACUCAAGGUGUGGUAUGCUGCCUCCUAUGCUGAAUUUGUGAACCAGAAGAUCCAUGACAUAACUGAGGAGGAAAGGAAGGUGCUCAGGGAGCAGGAAAAGAACUGGCCGUGUUAUGAGUGCAAUCGGCGUUUCAUGAGCUCGGAGCAGCUCCAGCAGCACCUCAAUUCCCAUGAUGAGAAGUUGGACUUCUUCAGCAGAGCCAGAGGCCGAGGUCGUGGGCGAGGAAAGAGGAGAUUUGGACCAGGCAGACGCCCUGGGCGACCUCCCAAAUUCAUGCGCAUGGAAGUAACCAGUGAAAAUGGUGAAAAGUGUGAAGAAGGGACACAGGACUUGCUGCAUUUUUCCAGCAAGGGGCAGUUUGAUGAGGCUGGACAAGCCCCACUGAAUGGGCUGGAGCAGCAGGAACAGACUCCAGUGCCACCAGAGCCACAAGCAGCACUGGAGCAGCAGGAAAACCACAUACUCCACAUCCAGCCACAGCACGAGGGGAGCACAGUGCCCACACAGAGCACCAUGACAGCAGAUGACAUGAGGCGAGCAAAGCGCAUCAGGAAUGCAGCUCUGCAGCACCUGUUCAUCCGGAAAUCCUUCCGCCCGUUCAAAUGUCUGCAGUGUGGGAAGGCCUUCCGGGAGAAGGACAAGCUGGACCAGCACCUGCGGUUCCAUGGGCGGGAAGGGAACUGCCCGUUGACCUGUGACAUCUGCAACAAGGGCUUCAUCAACAGUGGUGCCCUUGAGAGCCACAUGAAGUUCCAUAUGGACCAGAAAACAUACUCCUGCAUUUUCUGCCCUGAGUCCUUUGACCGCUUGGAUCUGCUUAAGGAUCACGUGGCCAUCCAUGUCAAUGAUGGCUAUUUCACCUGCCCCACCUGCAAGAAACGCUUCCCAGAUUUUAUCCAGGUCAAGAAACAUGUGCGCAGUUUCCAUUCUGAGAAGAUUUACCAGUGCACAGAGUGUGAUAAGGCUUUCUGCCGCCCCGACAAGCUGCGACUCCACAUGCUGCGGCACUCAGACCGUAAAGACUUCCUGUGCUCCACUUGUGGCAAGCAGUUCAAGAGGAAGGACAAGCUGCGAGAGCACAUGCAGAGGAUGCACAACCCAGAGAGAGAGGCCAAGAAGGCUGAUCGGAUCAGCCGCUCUAAAACCUUCAAGCCCCGGAUUGCUUCCACUGACUAUGAGAGCUUCAUGUUCAAGUGCCGCCUCUGCAUGAUGGGUUUCCGCCGCAGGGGCAUGUUGGUGAAUCAUUUAUCAAAGAGACAUCCAGACAUGAAAAUAGAAGAGGUGCCAGAGCUCACGUUGCCCAUCAUAAAACCCAACAGAGAUUACUUCUGUCAAUACUGCGACAAGGUGUACAAGAGUGCCAGCAAACGCAAAGCACACAUCCUGAAAAACCAUCCUGGUGCUGAGCUACCUCCAAGCAUCCGGAAACUGCGUCCUGCAGGCCCAGGAGAGCCAGAUCCCAUGCUGAGCACCCACACCCAGCUGACAGGCACCAUUGCCACCCCUCCAGUGUGCUGCCCUCACUGCUCCAAGCAAUACAGCAGUAAGACAAAGAUGGUGCAGCACAUCCGCAAGAAGCACCCGGAGUUUGCUCAGCUGCCGAACACAAUCCAUACACCACUGGCAACAGCCGUCAUCAGUUCCGCACCAGCUGUUCUCACCACUGACAGCACAACUGGAGAAACUGUUGUGACAACAGAUUUACUGACCCAAGCAAUGACGGAGAUAUCCCAGACCCUCACUACAGAUUACCGGACUCCCCAAGGAGAUUACCAGCGCAUCCAGUACAUCCCUGUGUCUCAAUCCACAACUGGCUUGCAGCAGCCACAGCACAUACAGCUGCAGGUUGUUCAAGUGGCCCAGGCUACCUCACCUCAUCAGUCCCAGCACUCCACAGUGGAUGUUGGGCAGCUCCAUGACCCCCAGACAUACACCCAACAUGCCAUCCAGGUACAGCACAUCCAGGUCACAGAGCCAUCACCAGCAACUCAGUCAUCAUCACAGGUUGGGGGUCAGCCUUUGAGUCCUUCCUCGCAACAACCUCAGCAGGAACUCAGUCCCUCACAGAUGCAGACAACUACAUCUACACCAAACCAAGCCCUCCAGCAGCAGCAAGGCUCCUCAGUCCAGCACACAUAUCUCCCCAGCAACUGGAAUUCAUUUCGGAGCUACUCAUCAGAGAUUCAGAUGAUGACCAUCCCACAAGGGCAGUACGUGAUCACAGAGACUGCUGUGGGUACCCCUGUCACCAGUGUUAAUGCAGGACAAGUGAAAGCAGUUACUCAGACUCACUAUGUGAUAUCUGAAGGUCAGCCUGAUUUGGAUGGUAAACAAAACUCUUCACUCUCCAGCGAGGUUCAGGUGGGCAUUUCCCAGCCCACAGCCCACACGGAUCCCUUGGAAUCCCAGACAAGCAACCAGCAGCAAACCACCCAGUACAUCAUCACGACCACCACCAAUGGGAGUGGCGGGAGCGAAGUGCACAUCUCGAAACCCAGGACUUUCUCAGCAGAGCAUGAGUGAAAGAGUACCAUUGGUACCAAGAGUACCAUGGUACCAUUGUCCUUGUCCUUGUCCCCUCCCUGAAAGCCCAGAUGUGAGGGUACCCUGGGGCUCUAUAUGUUAAUAUAUAUGCUCACCUUCCACUAAAAUCUUGGAGCUCUUGUUAAUGCUUUAAGAGGGUUCACUGUGACCAUGAAAUACCCUCAAAAUCCUUCUGGGAUGCUUUUAAUGCAGCUUUUAAGAAAAAGGACAAGAGAAAUGAAACCUCUGCUGGCCCUGGACUUUAUUUUUGGCAUGUCUGCUGACCCUUAUUUUUCCUUUAUGUAAGCGCGUCCAGAAGACAAUUUUAUUUCAACUGUAUGGGAAAAAGCUUGCCUAACUGAAGGCUUCCUGGCAGAUUGUCAUAUGUAUAUUUUUAACAGGAACCAUUAAACAGGAGAACAUAAUAUAAAUUACUAGAAUAUGGCAGAACUGCUUCCUGUGGCUUCUAGCAGCCAAGGUGAAAGGGAGUAUCCCUGUGCCAUAUGAGCAGAAUGCCUGCAGAAAGGAGCAGCAGCAGCCAACCAGUGGCUCCUGGUGUCCCCAUAUGGGGAUUGGAUUGAACAAUGAAGCUGUGAAGAUGUGCCGAAGCAGUCUAUUAAAUUAUUAUUUUUCCAGCCCUCCAGAACUGUUUACAUGCUGUCUGCCCUGCCGUGUUUUACCCAGCAGUUCCAGAAAGCAGGAAAAGCACAGUCUUAAAUCCAUGUUGUUUGGAACAAACUGAUUGAAAUGCCAGGAGCACCUAAGGGGUAGUACAGAGCCACCGUUACUUCUUUUCCCUCCAGUGUUUGCCGGGAAAAUUGUUUUUUUGCCUGUAAACAAAGAAAAAAAAAAGGCUCAGCUAAACCUGCACAGCAGCUUCUGCUGUGAUCUAAAAUAGUUGUGCCAGGAAAAAACGAGGAUACACAGCACUCCGCUGAAGGAAAGAGGUCGUUAUCUCUGUGGCCACCUCAAAGUAAACAUAUUUCUCCUCUUCAAAACUGGAUGGAGAGUUGGUUACUUUGAUUUUUUUUUUUCCAAAUAACCUUGUUAACAAUGCACUGUAAUUCCUUUGGACAGUUCCAGAAAACAAAUAGCCCUGGACUCAGGAUACACACAAGAAACAUACUAGUGGACCACUAUUUAUGGGACAUGGAAAGCUAUCUAUGAGGGUUGCCUGGUGUGAUGGACCUGGUCUGCAUACAGAAUUCAUGUUGCAUUUAGGGACCAGGAGAAAGGGAAAGAGAAGGUUUAUCUUUUAAGGCCAUGUAAUAUGUUUUUCCUUACAUGGUUCUCCUUCACAGGUUGUCUUGGUUGGUUGUUCAAGGCAUUCUGGUGGUUUCAAGAACAUGACUAGAACUCCAUUGACUCCUGAUGGGAUAUACCAUGUAUGUCUGAAUUUCCAUUCAUUGCUGUAAAACUCAUCCCACAACAUCUGUGCAUAACAGGAUACAUUUAUUUAUAAAACAAAUGCAAAGAAGUGUGCUGUGUCUUAAAGGCCCUUGAGACAUAA